UGAAGGAAGUUUACUUUCACAGCCGUCACGAAUUUCCGCCCACAUCUUUUUGAGGGGGGGUCAAGAGCACUGGAGAAUCAUCUGAUAGAGAGAGACUCGUGCAGAAGUGUUUCACUGCAUGUAGGAGCAGGUGGACUACACAGAUUUACAGAAACUGCCAACACCUUUACUCUCACCUGCUUCAUUUGAUUGAUUGAUUUAUUUUUAACUCGAACUGAACAUUUUUAUUUGAAGACGAAGAAGAAAAAUCUGAGAAAAUAAUAUUGAUAUUAAUAAAACAAAUCUUCAUAUCUUCAGGGGAAGACAGAUUCAAAAAGCAGGUCACUGGACGUCUUUGAGAGAUGUUUGAGAAGCAAUCCUACGAAAGUCCCCCCAUGUACACCCCGCCUUCCAAUGGCUUUGGACCACCUGGGAGCUUCCAAGACCCACGGAGUGAAUUUGAUCCCUACCCUCCAGCUCCAGGAUCGUACUAUGUGGGUGAGGAGGUACCACAGCAUUUCUACAAAUGGUUUUCCCCUCCGGGAAUUGUGAAGAUUAUGAUAGCAACCGUUAUAAUCCUCUGUCUGGGAAUCUUCGCCUGUGUGGCCUCGACUCUGGUUUGGGACAUGCAGUAUGGAUUAGGUUAUGGAUCUGGAUAUUCCGGCUAUCCUGGAUAUGGAAGUGGAAGUGGAUAUGGAUAUGGCAGUGGGUAUGGAUACGGAAGCGGAAGUGGAUAUGGAUACGGAAGUGGAUCUGGAUACGGAGGCUACUACAAUUCUUACCCGACUCCUUACUCGGCCAAGACUAGCAUGAUUGCCGUUGCCGCCAUAAACUUCAUCAUCGCUUUGGGGUUCUUUGCAGCCAGCUUUUCCAAAACCAACACGUUCCGCAGCAGGAAGUUCUACCUGGCGGUGCUUGUUGUCUGUUGUAUAAUGGCAGUGAUUCAGGGCAUUAUAAACAUUGUGUACAUUGUAGGAGUGAACCCUAUGGCCCAAAGCUCCACAAGCUCAUACUACAACCCCAUGCUCAUGAUGUGUCAGAACCUCUAUGGCAGCAGUGUGACAGGAAUGGGCGGCAGCUUUCCCAUCUAUAACCAGUACUUGUACCACUACUGCUACGUGGACCCUCAAGAGGCAGUUGCAAUGGUUUGUGGGUUCAUGGUUGUGGUGGCACUGGCUGUGGCGGCCUUCUUCUCCUAUAGGACCAGAAGUAAAAUCUGGCACUACGGGAAACCAAACAUCUACUGGGAUCGACCACUAAUGGGAGGAACCGAGGGCAGAGAUGUGGAGGAUUGGGUCAACCAUGUACAGGAUGGACAGAGCGUGCAGGAGGCAUCCAUGGUGUUUUCAGAGAAGAUGGCUCCUGUUCUGGUUUCGGCCCCCAGUGUCGGCUCCAUCCCCCUAAAGACUGGCAGUGUCUUUAGCUCUGAGUCCCACAAAGUUAUCGGUUACCCUGAGCACUCUUUUAGCCGCCCAUAUCUCUCCACAUCCCCGUCUGGAGAAGUGAGCUCCAGCCCCUCCGGCCAGACGGACACCAUCCUCAAACCGUCCACCUCCAGGGGCAAGAGACGCAGGAGGAACCCCGAACUGGACGAGUCCCAGUAUGAAACCGAGUACACAACAGGAGGAGAGACUGCCAAUGAUUUCGAAGAUCUAUGGACGCGUCUAUAUCCAGAGAUCACAUCUGAUGCCCAGCGACAUGAGUAUAAGAAAGAGUUUGACUCGGACCUCAGGACCUAUAAGAAACUGUGUGCCGAAAUGGAUGACAUCAACGAUAAGAUAAACAAACUCAGCAGAGAGCUGGACACACUUGAAGAAGGCUCGCCCAAGUACCAGGCUGUAGCAGAGGAAUAUAAUCGUCUCAAAGACCAAAAACGGAUGGCAGAUUAUCAAAACAAGAAGCACCAAUGUCGCAAACUGCGCCACAAGGUUUUCCAUAUAAAAAAAAUGGUCAAGAUCUACGACCGCCGUCAGUAA